CGCUCCUUUUUCUCUUUACAGCGGGUUAACAUUCGCUGCCCCCCAUCUGUCAAAAUGAGUGAAUUGACGGUUGGUCAAGUGUCUGGUAUAAUCAAUCUUUGUGUUGUUAUAGUGCAACUUACACUCCCUCUUGCAUUCGUCCUAAUUCUUGUGGCAUUUUUGGAAAAUGAAAACAAUGCCGUAACGUGGUCUGUUGUUGGGAGAGCGCUCCAGGCCUCAAUGUGGCCUUCCAUCCUCUCUGCCGAUUCAGCAGCCAGCCGCGGAGUGCGCAAACGCGUUACCUUCAUCACAACUCUCUCCACAGUAGCCUUGAUAAUUCUCGCAGUUGCCGGAGUCGUCACACCUCUUGGUCUGAAUGAGGAGGUAACUCCCAGUUUCACUGAGCCGGUUGCCUUCGGGUACCUCAAAGACACCUCGACUUUUGGCCAGGGCACUGGCAGUCGUUCCGGAUAUGUAUUCUCCCGCCUGUGCGGAUGGAUGAUGUGGCAGAACUGCCCAGGGACAUUCGCCGGAUUCACUUACACCGCCAACAGGACGGGAAUGUACCUCAAUGGAACCGACGAUGCAUAUCUGGACACAAAAGUCCCCCAGAAUAUCACCGAGAUAUUCAAGAGCGGUACCAGUGGGCGUGGCAAUCUGAUAAGCGGGCCAUUUGACGUCCAGCAUAGGCUCUUCAUCAACGUCAAGGACUCGGAUGUUAGAAACAACGCCAGUAAGAGAGUUCCAAUGAACCAGGGUAAAGUGCACACCAAGGGGGUCGCCGCGACGCUCCGGAGCGUGAUUCUUGACGACAACUUUGUGCUCGUAGAAGGAUUAAUCGUGGAUGCCAAGAGCGGGGGAGUAGGUUUCCGGAACCAUUCCGCCCCGGCAAACCUGCAAUACGGCGGAACGUGGGAGGAGAGCCUUCUCUGGGUGGAGCCUGUUUCCCAAUGUGUUGACAACAACUUUACUAUUGACUUCACCAUCAAUGCCGACCGCAACGUAGACGACCUGCACUUGACCGAUCACGGAGGAUGGGUCAACCUUGUUCGCGACCGGCCUGAUUUUGAUCGCGCAGAUUCCCAGCUGGAUGUGCAGCUCUGGCAGCGUGCAUAUAAAGGAGCUUGGGUGACGAACAUGAUAGCAGCCUCGUUCCACAACGUCACCAGGAACAUUACGAGCUUGGGGAAGAGCUAUUCCCUUAUGGGAGGGAACUCUAGGCUCGGCCUGAGCGGUUAUAAGACCACAGCAAUCGGGGUCGGAGAUAUGAAUGGGAGCUGGAUGAAGGGUAGCCGUAAAGGAAUUGAUACUUCAAAGAACUUUACCGCCGCAAACACCCUAUGUAUAGGUUCCGCGGGUGUUGACAUGUCAAACAUCACCAAUGUCGCUGUAAAGUGCAGCACACUUCUCGGAGCUGCAAAGCGUGCUGAUGGCGGUGACCCGGGCAAGAUAUACGACGUCGGGUCCCGUUGGUCCAUCCCAAUUUACACCUGCGCGACAGUGGUCAAAGCCUCCGUGAAGGUCGUAACUCUGACUAUGAACGGCACGCACACCCUCGAGAACCUGCGCGUUGAUAAAGUGGUGCCAAAGAACUACUCCUCGACAUCGGCGAUGCCGGUAUGGGCCGUCGAAGACACAGGCAUGAAGAUCAACGACGUGGACCCCUUCUGGGGUAUUGUGGACCCAAAAUACAAAGAUGCCCCGCACCUCUGGACCAUCCAGCGCGAGCAUCUGUGGUUGCCGUCUGUCGGUGAUGGUGUUUCCGCACCACUCGACUCCUCCAGCUCGUUCGGGCUCCUGAGCGUUCCCGGCGCAGCGCUCGCAGAGAUUAGCACUGAGGAUGACUACUCUGGCGAACGCAACUUUGCCCUCCUGACCAAGUGGCGGAAGCUAAGCGCUACGCAGAACUCCACUGGAUCCAUACUGAACCUUAUCUGGACCGACAUCGUCGCGAAUAACCUAGUCGGUACCAAGAGCGUGCCCUCCGCAUACGGAGUCGCUGACGCAGGCGGCAGCUCCUCGGCCGGUAUGCUCGUUGUGGAGACGUAUAGCAAAAAAAUCACUUAUGACCUUCUAUUCGCCAUACCAGCUUUCAUGAUACUAGCGAUGUGGGUUGCAUCCCUGUUCAUUGCUUUGCUAAUGUGGAUUGCAUCGAGGGUCUCGCUGGCGGUUGUCCGAGAGUUGAUCAACCAGACGAGCACCGGGAGGUCUAUCACGAAUCUGCUAUACCCAGAAGCAUGUGCGCACAGUGCUCCCACGAGGGUUUGGGUUAAAAAUGCUGGGCGGAAGAAAAUGGGCUUUGUGAGUCUACGUGAGAAGGGGGAUGAUGGUGACGGGAGUAUUAGUGAUGCCGGGACCCGGGAGGGCGGGGCGCAGAGGACGGGAACGGGACUCCGCUUUGGCGAGGUGGAGCAGAGCGGCUCUCAGGCGCCGGUUGGGAAGGUAUUUAACGGGCACUUCGAAAAGCUCGGGUGACCCGGGAACCGACCCGUUGGCUGGGCUCUUUCUUGCUCUUCCCUCUCCCUCUCCUGGGUCGCC